AUGCCUGGGCUACCUUCAUCCGUCGAUCUCGACGAGUGCAUCUCGCGCUUGUACAACAAGGAGUUACUAGCCGAGUCUGUCAUUGAAGCAGUCUGCGCCAAGACGAAAGAACUUCUUAUGCGCGAGUCCAACGUCGUCCAUGUUAAAGCGCCCAUCACCGUCGUAGGAGAUAUCCACGGCCAGUUCUUUGACCUCAUCGAGAUUUUCCGCAUCGGCGGCUACUGCCCCGACACAAACUAUUUGUUCCUUGGUAAUCGCCCGCAGAGUCAGACAUCGACCAUGUGA